AUGGCAGAGUCACGGAGUAUAAACCCCGCCAAUUACACCCUCGCAUGGAUAUGCGCGCUGCCGCUGGAGUUGGCAGCCGCAGAGGCGAUCCUUGACGAACACCACAGUUCCCCCUCCGCUCCUGGCACUCAAAGCGAGUACGUACUUGGAAAGGUUUCGGGUCAUAAUUUUGUCGUUGGGUGCCUGCCCUCUGGGAUAUAUGGCACGAACUCGGCAGCCGCGGCCGUGACUCGCCUUCUGUCUUCUUUCCCCAACGUCCGAUAUGGCCUUAUGGUAGGGAUCGGAGGCGGAGCACCGAGCAGGAAAGCAGAUAUUCGACUUGGAGAUGUGGUCGUCAGCAAACCUGUUGGAAGACUUGGGGGUGUGAUACAAUACGAUCUGGGGAAGGCUGUUGGCGACGGGCGUUUCGAGCAAACCGGGAUGCUAAACCAGCCCCCGGCGGUUCUAUUAACCGCUGUUUCAAGGAUGGAGUCGGAGCAGAUGAGGUUGAGCAAUAGUUAUAUCUCCAGUGAGAUAUCAAGAGUGUUGGCCCAAAACACCAAUAUGGAGCCUAGAUUUUCGAAGCCCGCCCAGGAGGACCGUCUUUUCCACGCAACCUAUUCCCAUCCAGAGGAAAGAACUUCUUGCUUGGACUGCGAUAUCAGAGAGAAGGUUGAUCGACCCCCUCGACUAUCGAAAGAGCCUCAGAUCCAUUAUGGAACCAUCGCAUCUGGAAACCGAGUUGUCAAGGACGGCCGGCAACGAGAUGAGAUCGCACAGCAGUUUGAUGCAAUUUGUUUUGAGAUGGAAGCAGCGGGGAUUAUGAACCAUCUUCCAUGUAUUGUGGUUCGGGGUAUUUGUGACUAUUGCGACUCGCACAAAAACAAGGAAUGGCAGGGGUAUGCAGCCCUCGCGGCAGCAACCUGUGCCAAACAACUUCUCGCCUUUGUGGCUGCUUCUAUACCUUGUCAAUCGCAGCUUGAUGGGCCGAAGAAGAGCCAUUUUAUGGUCCCGUUCGAGCGCAAUCCGCGAUUUCAAGGCCGUGAAGACACAGUCCGUCAACUCGCAGACCAAGUGCUCUCCACAGAUCAUACCAAAGCUCGAAAAGCAGCUGUUUCAGGACUGGGUGGGAUGGGGAAGACACAGGUUGCACUUGAGCUUGUUUAUACUAUACGGCAGCAGGAUCCUGCACGAUCCAUAUUUUGGAUUCCUUCGACGAGUAUCGAAGCUGUGGAACAGGCAUUUCGAAAUCUUGCUUGCUUAUUAGGUGUAUCAGAUGGUGGUUCUGAUGAUGUAAAAACAAUCGUGAAGAACUACCUGAGCACCGAAAGAGCUGGCCCAUGGCUUUUGGUUAUUGAUAAUGCAGAUGAUUCUGAUAUGUGGCUAACGUCCACAUCGCCGGCGCUAAAGACAUUUCUGCCGGCUAAUGAGGAAGGAUUUGUUCUGUUUACCUCUCGCAACGGGGCUCUGGUAUCUCGACUUGUUGGGCCAAACGUCAUCAAGCUCUCUGAGAUGGACGGUGCAGCUGCUGUUGCUCUGUUGAGAGGUUUCCUAAUCCAGAGGGACCUGACCGAGGACGAGGAGUCAGCUGUCGCGCUUGUUAACAGAUUAAGCGGUCUUCCGUUGGCUCUGAUUCAAGCCUCGAGCUUUAUUAACGAGAAUGGCAUGUCUUUGGAAACAUAUUUGAGCUUUUUAGAUCAACAAGAGGAAAGCGAGAUCGAGUUGCUCAACCAAGACUUCGAGGACGAGUAUCGGUAUCCAGACACUGAAAACCCAGUGUCCACAACUUGGCUGAUAUCCUUUCAAUCUAUCCAAAGGACCAAUGAACUUGCAGCAAAAUAUCUUACAUUUAUCGCUUGUAUCGACUACAAGGAUAUUCCGCUUUCCCUCCUUCCAGAAGCAGGCACAGAACUCGAAAAACAAAAGGCCUUGGGCAUUCUCAGGGCCUAUUCGUUUAUCUCUCAGCAGGCAAGCAGCGAGCUUGUAACUAUGCAUCGACUUGUUCAUCUAGCUACCAGGAAUUGGCUGCGGAAAGAACGCAUCUUAUAUGAGCGAACGAUAUCUGCGGGUGAACACAUCAGCGAGGUAUUCCCAGAAGGCAAAUACGAACAACAAAGUCUGUGGCGGAAAUAUCUCCCCCACGCUCAGGUUUUGCUCGAAAGGGAGGAAUUUGAGUCCGAUGGUGAUGUAAAAGACUAUCUCGCUGGGAAGGUUGGGAGAUGCUUUGUGGAAGAGGGACGGUACGAUGAUGCAGAGCGUCUGCUAUUAGAGUGUGUGGCUUCUAGGCGCGAGCUGCUGGACGCAAACGAUCCGAAACUCCUCUCGAGCAUUACAGAUCUCGGUAGAGUAUACUGGGGACAGGGAAGAUAUAAAGAAGCCGCGGACGCCUCAAUUCAAGUGUUGCACUCACAGCAGGUUGUACUAGGUGAUGACCACCCGGAUACUUUGCUCAGCAAGCAUGUUCUUGCAGCCGGCAUGCUUUUUCAGGGUCGAUUAGAAGAGGCUGAAACAAUUAACCGGCAAGUAUUCCAGCAACGGAAGUCUAUAUUAGGCGAUGAAGACCCUGCAACACUUCGCACUAUGUCCGCUCUUGGGGCAGUACUACGAUAUAGAGGGCGGUUGCAAGAGGCUGAAGAGCUUCUGGGUCAGGCGGUAGAGUUAGGCAGGGUUAUAUUGGGUCCCGAGCACCCUCAUACACUUGAUAGCAUGAUGUCCCUCGCACUAAACUUAAGUGAAUUAGGAAGGCUGUCAGAAGCAGAAGAGCUUCUACUCAAGGUGUACGAGGUACAAAAGACUAUACUCGGCGAAAAUCAUCCAAGCACGCUGAUCACUAUGGGUAAUCUGGCGUGCAUCUACCAUGAAAUGAACCGGCUCGAGGAAUCGGAAGAGCUUCACGCUAAGACUCUGGAAAUAAGAAAGGCUAUUCUAGGCCCUGAGCACCCGGAUACAUUGUAUAGUAUGAGUAAUCUGGCCAUCACCUUCCAAGAUCGAGGACGGUUGGCAGACGCAGAGGAACUUGCGAUCCAGACUUUGGAUAUCAGAAAGGCUAAACUAGGAGCUACACAUCCAGAAACACUCAGGAGUAUAGCGAUUCUGGCGGAUGUUUGGAGAAACCAAGGCCGUCUUGACGAGGCUAUUGCCUUGCUCUCCGAAUGUGCUGAACUGCGGGGAAGCCACCUUGGACCCGAGCAUCGGAAUACCAUUGCUACCAAGUCGAGACUGAAGUCAUGGCGAAAGGAACUACACAACAAGUCUCCCCGGGAGUAUGUCGACACGGAGCAGGAAAGCGAGAGAUCUGAGGGCCGCAAGAAGAGCCGAAGGCGUUUCCUUCGAAGGUCAAGACAACCUGAAGCCAAAUCACUGCGUCAUUUACUAUCUUUUAAGACAUAA